AUGUGUCCAUUCGGUGAACGUUUACGGAAUCAUCGCCAUCAUACUGUGCUACCAGAAGGGUUGGCUAUUGAUAAAAAGAAGAAUGUCGCUAGAUCGAGCAGGGCGGGACUUCAAUUUCCAGUCGGGAGAAUUCACAGGCUGCUUAGGAAGGGAAACUACGCGGAGCGAGUCGGUGCCGGCGCUCCCGUCUACCUCGCCGCCGUCAUGGAGUACCUGGCCGCCGAAGUUCUCGAAUUGGCCGGCAACGCCGCUAGAGAUAACAAAAAGACGCGUAUCAUACCGCGCCAUCUGCAACUCGCGAUCAGAAACGACGAGGAAUUAAACAAGCUCCUGUCGGGCGUCACGAUCGCCCAGGGUGGCGUUCUCCCGAACAUACAGGCCGUCCUUUUGCCAAAGAAGACGGAAAAAAAGGCGUAA